AUGGGUUUGGGUGUUAUCAUCAGAGAUUCAAUCGGCAGUGUACAAGCGGUGGUGACAGGCCCAAAGGAUCAUAUCUCCUCAGCUGCCCAAGCUGAAAGUGUUAUUCUUCUUAGAGCUAUGGAUCUUUGCACAGAGCUUGGCUUCAACCAAGUUUGUUUUGAAGGGGAUGCUAAGGCAAUAGUAGAUGCAGUAAACUCCAAAGGUGAAGACAACUCGUGGAUUGGCCAAAUGAUAAAGGAUAUGCAACUGUUAAUGAGAAGGAAUCAAGCUUGGAGUCUGAGGUUUGUUCAAAUGACAGUAAACAGAGUUGCUCAUAUGGUAGCCAAAUUAGCAAUUAGGGAUAGCUGUGAAAAGGCUUGGCUUAAGGAUGGCCCUCCUGGGGUCUUGAAUGUAGCACUGGGAGAAGAAGUCUUGUGUGUAUUGUUACAUGUUUAA